AUGUCUAAGCACAAUUUUGCAACGUUGACAUGUGUUAGUAAAACCAUACAUAUCAUCACAACUACUUUGUACAUCCAGGUGAUAUAUACCGUGUUUUUUUCAGGACAAAUUGGGCUUUCAUUUGGUGGUAACCGGGGCUCUCAGUAACACCGCGGUCUUUGUGCUGGGAGUGCCAGCGCGGCCCCAUGGAAAAGAGGCCAGUUCCGUGAGGCCGCAUAUUUGUGUGACGUUGGCGUCAAGGGGUUAAGG